AUGUCUGCGAAGCCUGAACCGGCAUCAACCGGCAAAUUGCCUGUCUUCUCGAUCUCGUUGACACAACAGCCGUACGCUGACCACCCAUUUUCACGGCGAUAUAUCGUGUUAGACAUCCAGAAUCCCACUUUGAAGAUUGGCCGAUCGUCCAAACUCGCCGCGAAGGGCUUUGUACCGAACUCGCAAAACGGCUGGUAUGACAGCGCUGUAAUGUCUCGACAACACGCCGAGAUCAUAGCCGAUUUUACACAAAAGAGGCUCAAAUUAAGGGACCUUGGUUCGCUCCAUGGAACCUAUGUUAAUGACACCGACCAACGACUUGAAAAAGACCAGCAAGUCGAGAUUAAGGACGGUGAUAGCAUCCGCUUCGGUGUGGACAUCAUGAGGAAAAGGAUAUUUCCUCCGACAGUUGUCAAGGUUGGGCUCGACUACAUCGAGGCCCCUAAAGCGAAGCCAGAGCAAGAUAGUACUCGUCCGAGGGCCUCAAGUACUUUCAAAGUACCCGACGGGUCAGACUCCGACAUGGACGAAGAUUACAACAACGACUCGUCAGCGCAAAGCAUCCAAUCAGUCGGACGAGGACUAUCUGGACUUAGUUGCAUGGGCGAUGUAAUCGACCUUACUCACCCUGUAACCUCCGGCAAUGUAAUCGCCAAUCUUGAGAAACAGGUUAUCGAUCUGGAUCAAGAUGAUGACUACGAGAGCGACUGGUGUGCAAGUGAUGAGAUCGAUGCCCUCCAAGCAGAUAACUGCACUCAGUCGCAACCGAACAUCCCAUCUACCCAACCUCCGAGGAGCCCUAUCGACAGCAACUGUAGCAAUUAUGAAUCGGAUGGAGAAGAUGAUCUGCGCCAGAACGUCAUUGCACUCCAGCCCACUGCAUUUCAAAACGCCAGUGCAUCUCAAUAUCCCACCGCUUUCGAGAACUGCGCUGCACCUCAUGAUGAUGAUUUGGACUCCGACAUGAGCUCCGAUUAUGAGCCUGAGUAUGAUCCCGAGCCUGUCGGCUCGGACGUGAGUGGUGAUGAUGAUUCUUCAGAAAGAGGCUUCCAGUACGAUUACCCCUACUCUGAGUCUGAUUCUGAUUUCUCCGUUGGCCAGGAGUCAGAUGAAGAGUCGGAGUCAGAUGAAGAGUCGGAGUCACAGGAAGGAGGAAUCAACUGGGACCUCCCAGACCUCGCCAGUGUUGUGACUGGUCCGACAUCUGAAACGAAGACUGAGGAGACCGAGGCUGAACCAAACCACGACAAGGGCCAUGGCAUCGGUCGCCUUGUUACUCCGGAUAUGAAUGGCGAUGCCAUCACCUGCAGUACCCCUUCAGCCAACUUCGCCUCUCUUCUAGAUAAGCCAGUAGCGGAUCUUGGGGCGUUUCUGUCCUUAUUCCAUCCUCGUGAUGUUCAGCUGGCUACUCCCAAGUCCAACAAAUCGGCGGGUGAUACUGAUGAAGCUUCCUCGACCCACAAGCCAGCGAUUGAACCUGUGAUGGAAAUGACAGAAGCUCACUGGUAUCCCUCGGACAAAGCAGAGUUCUUUGAGGCUCGCAAGGAAAACAAGGUGGCCGUGAUGGAGUCUCCUUCGCCCGUUGUCAAGGAGUAUUCUCGUCUUGCUAUCUCUGACAUCAUGGAUGAGGAUGUCCCAGUUGGAAAAGGGAAGAGAAAGGCAGAGGCUAUCUCGUCUACCACCGAGGAAGAGCUUGCAUGGGACGCUGGCGAAGUCAUGGAAGUCGACAAUGACAAGGAGGUUGCCGAACCGAUCAAAUCUUCCACUGAAGAUGAGGAGGUCAACGAACCGAUGGAAGCUUCCGCUGAGGUAAUCGUAAUUCACCCGCUCGAUGUACCUGUCUCUUUCGCUACAUGUGCGCUUCGCCUCGACGAUGACAGUGAUAGGCCAGCCAAGAGACAGCGGUUGCGCAAUAUUGCCGAGCGGAUCGGUUAUGUUGCCCUUGGUGGUGUAGCUACUGGCGCCAUGAUGUUUGGCGCAUUGGUUUACACUGCACCCACCUUUGUCUGA